AGUUCCAAGGUACAGGUCCGCGUCGUAUCGUGCUCCAUGCAGCAUGGGUUACCCAACACUAUGUGAACAAGGCCCGGUGCUACAAACAACACUGUCAAUCAAACUUUUUCAGCUUUUAACACCUUUCUCGCACACUGUUUUACCAACUGUAUACAAUAAGAGUAAAGUUUUCAUAUAAUAACUUGUCGGUAGUGUGUGUGACGCUGUCGUCCGUCCUAGUAAACUGUUGUAAAGUGUCGCAGGUUCACCAGGAAUUCAGCUGAUAGCUUCACCAAGUCAGUGGUGCUGUAACGCUCUUCAUGAGUGUGUCACCAUCAGCUCUCCUCACCAUUGUUUACACGAGUGCGAGAAUACAUCAUCCUGCAGACAGCUUUCCGUGAUCCCGGAGACUGUUGCACCACACUUAGAGAGGGGUGUAGUGUACCACGCCUUCAGAUGACUGCACCACGGCCAGUGCUCAGCGCCAUCGCUCCUGUAGUCAGGGAAAAUGGCCGCCAACAACCCUGGGGAGUGCAGCGUCUGCCUAGACAGUUACAACGAGAGAGAGAGACGGCCGCGCUCCCUGCCCUGUGGUCACGCCUUCUGCUCCUCCUGCGUCACAGACCUCAUCAAGAGAGACAAGCUGACCUGUCCCUCUUGUCGCGUUUCCCACAAGGCCACGUCCACCUCUCAGUUCCCGAUAUGCUACGGUAUGGAAGGACUUAUCAGAGCAUUGAAGGUUCACCAGGUUGCUCCCACAGCGGCUGAACAAGGCGUCGACGAGAAUCUACGCUCUCUCUUGCAGGAGCAGGACUACAGUAUGGACGCCCUCGACGAAGUCUAUCAACAUUUGCUGGACCAACUGAGCAUGUAUGAAUCCGAGUUGGCCCAUCGUCAGGAUGACCACCAAGGACUCAUUACCAAAUUACAAGAAUUGAUGGAACAAAAUCAAGCCAUAACAAGACUCCUGAAGGACGAGCAGGACAGUGUAGAGGCUGUCAUGAAGGAUAUUGACGACCGUAGGAACCAGGGACACAUACUGAAGGCUUGUCUGGCCUUAGUCACCACCACCCAGGAAGCCCAUGCUGUCAGGCAGGAUUUUUACACCUACAAACUAUCGACACAAGACUUGGUCCACACGUACCAGCAACAGUUUCCGGACGUUGAUGUUCUCUAUAGAUCACUGAGGGUGAGGGAGUCCAGUAAAAGAACAGCGGCUAUGAUGACAGGUGGUACAGAUGGUGAGGGUGUAGCGUCCAUCCACCAGCUGCCUCCCUCCCACAUCAGCAUCAUGGAUAAAGUCAACCACAUCACCUUACUAGCCAGAGUGUCCCAAACGACUCCCCUCUCACUGGAGGAACUAAGACCUCUGAUUGGUCCAGCGAGAAUCUUGGUGGAGGCUGGGUGGGUGGUGGCGGUCCAGGGUCAUCUCCGCUGCUCCACAAUAACACUACAGGACUCUCAAUUACACCUCCACACACUCCGUACCAGACCAACCCCUAACAAUGCCCGUACCCUGGAGCACAGGGCUGUGAUGGGCCUGGUAGACCCCACCUCCACUCUGGUCUUCCUGGACCUGGGGUGGGGAGGGUCAACUAAAGGUACUGUCUACAUACGGCUGAGCCCAGACAACGGGUUGGCCAGGCAGUUCCUGCUGCUGUGUACAGGAGAACGAGGACCCUCCUACGCUGGCACCCGUAUGUUGGAGGUGUACAACAAGGGUAAACCGGGGGAGCGCGUGUGUGGCGGCGACUACGACAACGUGGGGGAGGGAGUGGCCCGGCUCCUGCCGGGGCUGCAGGUGGGCCCCGAGUACAGGAAGACUCCUACCGCUGGCACUGUGAGGGCAGAGUAUGGACCCGCCAGUGACAACAAUGCUCAAUUCUGCAUCUUCACUCGAGAUGCAGACUGGAAGAUAUCUUUUGCCUUCGGUCAUGUAGAGAGAGGACUGCAGGUGGUCAGGUCAGCAGUGAAGCAUAGUAACAUCAAGGAGGUGACUGUGGUUAACUGUGGUGUUGUGCUGCCUCUCUAGCUUACCUUACGUCCAGGUGACCAAGCAUUAGUGUAUAAGGUUGUUGUGCAGAAAAUACAUCUAUGUAUUCUAAGGAUCACAACACAACCUCGUCAACUAGCUACGGAGAAGAUGGAAAUGGUCUUCAAACAAUAUAUUAAUCAUAAUUAUUGAAAGAUUUGUGCUGCUCGUCUUUGUGCAGCUGCCUGGUUCAUGGCACCUUGGUCUCCUCAGCUCCACCAUUUUGGUUUAGUCUACGAAACUGGGCACCAACAUGUUAUACACCAGGACCCGUCCAUAGAUCCCAAGUUGUGGUAAGUUUUACAUGAUGAGAGAAGCACACGAGUCUAUGAUUACAGCCAGAACAACUUGGUGAUCACAUCCUCUCUUAGAAGUAGUAUUAGAGGAGAGUUUGUUUUCAGGAGCUGGUACACGCUAAUAAUAUGAAGGCCAUGCCCAGUAGUGUCAUCAUCCAUGUUUGUAGUUGUAGGCACCAAGAGCUUCCACACUUGCUCAGUUAGGGUUAUAGUGUGCGGUACACUGACAAUAAUACUGGUUAGCAAAAUCCUCUAAACCUGAUUAGUCGGUCUCCUUGUAGCUGGUCGAGAUAAUCUGUUUUCCAGUGAAUUACGAAUAAGUGGCGUGUUUACUACGCUCAAGCUGUGGAUGAGGUCCCAGUGUAAAUGUAUACAAUAUGUGUAGAUAAUUUUGAUGGAAUACAAGACUCUAUCAGACCCCAGGAAACGUUAAAUACCCAGGCUACAAAACACACAUAAAUGCUAAGGCUGUUUCUCAGUAGUGUUAUGUUACGAUUUGUGGUUGAAGAGUCGAGGCACAGUGACUUGAAGGAGAUCCCGUAUUAUACUGUUUAUAAGUUUGGUUGACAGUCGCGUACUUGUUAUUCCUGUAACUCACUGUUAGUAGUGUGUACAUUCACUUACUCAGCGUUAACCUCAGCACCGGUUCGCAUGCUCAAGUAGCUACUGAUUAUAAUCUCUCACGCCUCGGUAGUGUUAGAGACGACUCAGGGAAGAUCAUGGACCUACUCAUUGUGUUAGCGACGUGAGUCUUGUGUACAGGCGAGUUAAGUUGUUGAUGGUUGUGUCGCAGCUUCACACAGUAACUCUAGUACCAGUCAUGUGUUACUACCAUGUGUAACUCCUGAACAACUGUGAUAUUGUUUUAUUACCCUGGGUCACCUGUAUGUAUCAGUACCAUGUGUCACCUGUAUGUAUCAGUACCAUGUGUCACCUGUAUGUAUCAGUACCAUGUGUCACCUGUAUGUAUCAGUACCAUGUGUCACCUGUAUGUAUCAGUACCAUCUGUCACCUGUAUGUAUCAGUAUCAUGUGUCACCUGUAUGUAUCAGUACCAUGUGUCACCUGUAUGUAUCAGUACCAUGUGUCACCUGUAUGUAUCAGUACCAUGUGUCACCUGUAUGUAUCAGUACCAUGUGUCACCUGUAUGUAUCAGUAUCAUGUGUCAUCACUAUACAGUAUAUCAGUACCAUGUGUCACCUGUGUGUAUCAGUAUCAUGUGUCACCUGUAUGUAUCAGUACCAUGUGUCACCUGUAUGUACCAGUAUCAUGUGUUACCUGUAUGUACCAGUAUCAUGUGUUACCUGUAUGUAUCAGUAUCAUGUGUUAACUGUAUGUACCAGUAUCAUGUGUCACCUGUAUCAGUAUCAUGUGUUACCUGUAUGUACCAGUAUCAUGUGUCACCAUCAGUAUCAUGUGUUACCUGUAUGUACCAGUAUCAUGUGUCACCUGUAUUUAUCAGUAUCAUGUGUUACCUGUAUCAGUAUCAUGUGUUACCUGUAUGUAUCAAUAUCAUGUAUCACCUGUAUGUAUCAGUAUCAUGUGUCACCUGUAUGUAUCAGUACCAUGUGUCACCUGUAUGUAUCAGUACCAUGUGUCACCUGUAUGUACCAGUAUCAUGUGUUACCUGUAUGUAUCAGUAUCAUGUGUUACCUGUAUGUACCAGUAUCAUGUGUUACCUGUAUGUAUCAGUAUCAUGUGUUAACUGUAUGUACCAGUAUCAUGUGUCACCUGUAUCAGUAUCAUGUGUUACCUGUAUGUACCAGUAUCAUGUGUCACCUGUAUCAGUAUCAUGUGUUACCUGUAUGUACCAGUAUCAUGUGUCACCUGUAUUUGUCAGUAUCAUGUGUUACCUGUAUCAGUAUCAUGUGUUACCUGUAUGUAUCAGUAUCAUGUAUCACCUGUAUGUAUCAGUAUCAUGUAUCAACUGUAUGCAUCAGUCCCAUGUAUCACCUGUAUGUAUCAGUAUCAUGUAUCACCUGUGUGUAUCAGUGUCAUGUGUUACCUGUAUGUAUCAGUAACAUGUGUUAUCUGUAUGUAUCAGUAUCAUGUGUCACCUGUGUGUAUCAGUCCCAUGUGUCACCUGUAUGUAUCAGUACCACGUGUCACCUGUAUCAGUAUCAAGUGUCACCUGUAUGUAACUGUAACUGUCAUGUGUUACCUGUAUGUAUCACUCAUAUAUCACAACCAUAUACCAUUAUCGUGUUUUGUCUCACCGUGUUGCUUUCAUAUAUAUCAGAACACAGGGACACAGUGAGUCUAUGGUGACCUGUGUACAAAUUAGACAAUCGAAUGAAAUGUGUUUAUAUUAUACAUAUUAAAGUGUGUGUGUA